GUGACGUAAGUUUGUUUACAACGGGUACAGUGAAUCAGACUGACGUUUAGCUCAUUGUUGGUGUCAUUUAAUAGUCGUUGAGGUAUCAGGGGUCCAGUGCUUGUGGACCAGAAGAAUCCUUACUAGGCUACAUUUCAUCAUCUCGUCUUAUAAGGACUUCCAUUCAUCCAAUUUGAGAGCGUGAUGGCGGAAAGAGACGGCAGCAGAGAAGCAGAGCUGAGACGACAAGCCUUUGAAAUGCGGGAUAUGCUCAGACAAAUGAAACAAGCCGCCGAGAAUCCUGCAAGUAUAUUCCCCAUCAACAAUGGUAGAGGGAGAGGGAGAGGAAGAGGAAGAGGAAGAGGAAGAGGAUCUGGUUACAUCACGAAUAAUCCUCUGGUCCAAAGGGAGAUGGCUGCGAGUCCCCAGUCCAAUUUCAGGCAGAGGACAUACCCUUGGAACAGAGUUAAUGCCAGUAAAUGGAAUGAAUAUGGUGCUGAGUCAUAUGAGAAACAACCACUUCAUUCUCCUUCACUAAAAGAAUCUAUUGAUGAGACUGAUAAAUCGGUCACUUCAGAAUCCCUUGUCACAUUGCUAACUAAGUUUCCAGAAUUUUCAGCCAGUCUUCUUCAGCUGAUGGAACAAGAACUCCUCAACCCAGCAGUGGUGCGUCAUGUUAUAUACACUUGUCCAAGAGUCUUUAGUCUCGAGGGUGAAAAAGUGUUCUUGAAGCCAGAUAUUUCUGUUUGUACUCAAUACUUAGGGACUGAAGGUUGUGGCAAUCAUUCAAGCUGUGAAAAACUUCACAUUUGUCCAAAGUAUGUGGCUGGAACAUGUAAUGAUGAGAUCUGUGUCUUUGGCCAUUCUUGGAAUACAAAUCACAAUACCACAGUUCUGAAAUUGCUGUCUCUAGAUCAUUUGCCUAUAGCAAAGUUACAUGGACUGUUAAAAAAACAAAUUCAUCAAAGCCUACCAAAAGAAACUAUUACAGUGUGCUUAGCUUACAAUAUUGAAGGCUGUAAUAAGAAUGACUGUAAGGAACUUCACGUGUGUCUUAGCUAUGUUCUAGAAACUAAAUGUUCAAAGGCAGACUGCCAACUUAACCACAAUAUUUUAGACAAAAGAAGUUGUCAGGUACUUGAGGCCUGUGGCCUUUCAACUAAUGAAACGCCAAGAGACAUUAUGAAAGCACUCUUAGCUGCAAAUCCAUUGCUUCGUGAAAAACUGAAAAGUGUUGGGCAAAAGGAUAACUCUGUUCAAAAUGAAACCAAGAAAGUUUCACAAACUGAUGAAAAAGGUAUUUCAGAUGGUUUCAGUGUGGCACAAGAAGAACCCGAUCAAAAUGAUAAAGAAAAGGGUAUGGCCUCUACUUCAGAGACCGAAAGUAAAGAUGUAAAUGCAGAAGAAUCAGACCAUCAGAGUUCAUUGGCUAGUAUUGAUAGUGCAGACAACACCUUCACAAGUGAGCAAAUUUCAACAGCAAAUAGCUUAAGCAAAAGAGAGAAAGAAGCCAAAGUUAAUAAGAUUGAUGACCAUGAUGGAAUUACUGCCAAAGAUGAAGGAAUAGCAAUGAAGGCUGUUCAGAAGCGUACAGUGUGGUCUCAUUAUCUCCAAGGGAAUACCCUCAUCCCAGAAAUUUGUUAUUACUCAGUGGAAAGUAUGUGCAAAAAUGAAGCAAAUGCAUGCCCUCGUCUCCAUGCUACACAGCACUUCCAUUGGCAGGUCAGUGAAGAAGGGAAUCAUUGGUUAAAUUUAAGAUCUGCCCAAGUAACAGCUUUAGAAAGUGCCUUUUGUGAUGUGUCUCAAGAUGGACUCGAUUUACCACGCUUGGAUCCUGCUUCAGUAGACAUGUCCGUUAGUAAGCUGUUUAUUCUGAUGGGUCGUGAUACUUGGCAUGCAGAUUUUAAGGUAAUGACCCUUACUAAUUCAGUGGAUACCAAAACACUCAUGAUCCGUAGAUUAUGUACAGAAAAUAUCCAAGGCCAUGCUAUAAAAGCAUCCACUUUUUUAUGGUUUUUUUUAGAUAAAAAUGACAGGUGGGUUAAGUAUGGUAAUGUCGAUACAACAGGGAAGAGGGAUUUAGUAAGUAAUAUAACCAGUGGUGAUAUCGAGAAAGCAUACAUUCAGGAUCCUUCAGCUUCUAUCUCAUUCCGUAAUUCAAGAUUCCGAUAUAUUUUAGAUUUUAAGACUAUGGUUCAAACAAAUCAGAAGACACUGGUGAGUAGAGAAGUGCAAAGACGCCCUGAAAAACAUUUACAAGAUGAAGAGUCUAUACUGAAAAAAGAUGAAGAAAGUGAAUUUCCCUCAACUUGGGAUCCAAUGCAAUCUAAUGAAAGAAUGAGGCUUGUUCCUCUUGCAUCAUCAUCUGCAGAAUUCCAAGCAGUUAUUAAUUUACUUGCAGGGGAAUUGUCUACUUCCCUUGUUACAAAAAUUGAAAGAAUCCAGAAUCCAUUUUUAUGGCGUGCAUUACAAAAUAAAAUCUCAGAAAUGACCACUAUUUAUGGUGAUGAAGCAAAGUUGGGUGUGCGCCAGUUAUUUCAUGGUACUGGAUACUCUGUGGUACCAAGUAUCUGCAGUGAAAACUUUGACUGGCGACUACAUGGUACAAAUACUGGUCAGAAGUAUGGGAGAGGAACAUACUUCUCCACCAGUGCAAAAUAUUCUUAUUGUUACUGCAGCGCUGAUUCAAAUGGAGACAAACAUAUGUUUAUAGCCAGAGUGGCUGUUGGUGCCAUUGUUGCAGGAAAUGCGACCAUGGUCCGACCACCCAUUAAUCCUACGACAAAUGCUCCGUUUGAUUCCACAGUUGACAGUCUCCAGAACUAUACCAUUGCAGUCAAGUAUGAUAAGCAGGAAUAUUAUCCAGAGUACUUGUUAACUUUAUUGUAGAAGUAAAUGCAGCCUAUGAAAGACCUUUUAUCCUACCACUCAAAAGUUCAUUUUUGGCUUUUUACUUUGUCCACACGAGUGAUGAUUAGUGCUUCAUGUUCAUUAGUGCUUCAUGAUAUCACUAUUGAUUACGUAGUUAUGUACAUCUCGACUGCAUUAUUUGAAUAAAGUGUCGAUCAUUGUCCACAUGAGUAAUUAGUGUCUUCGUGUUAUCAAUUGAUUAUGUAGUUGUGUAUAUCUAGACUGCAAUGUUUAAAUAAAGUGUCGAUCAUUACUUAUAA